UUGUUUUUCGUUAUCUCAUUUUAAAAGUACGUGGAGAUAAAGUUCGGUAUCGGUCGAGGAAAGACGCCGAAGUUUGGUCCGGGAUUUCCAACAUCAACAGUUAACAUGAGAACUUGAGAAAGCAGGUCGCAAUGGAAGCGGAUCCUGAUCUAGAGGAGUUUCCCUUCAAGGACCACUCUUCCUGCGGCUCCAAUAAGACCGCAACACCCGGUUACUGUCCGGAAAUAUUCGACAGCGUCCUGUGUUGGCCCGAGACUCCGGCCGGGAUCACCGCGAACCUCUCCUGUCCAUCGGUGUUGGGCUUCAAGAAGUCGCGAUUGGCGUUCAAAGAGUGUUGGGAUAACGGCACUUGGUUCCUUAACAGCAAAGGGCCCUGGACCAAUUAUACCGAUUGCGUCGACGUGGAAGUACUGGAGUUUUACCAGCUGAUCAACAAACUACACGUUUUGGGAUACUCGAUAUCGCUGGGAGCCCUGCUGAUCUCCCUGUAUAUAUUCCUGGCGUUCAGAGUACUAAGAUGCACUAGAAUCAAGAUCCACAUUCAACUGUUUAUAUCGUUUAUAUUGAACAACAUCAUGUGGAUCGUCUGGUACAAGCAUAUCGUUCCUGAAGUGGACGUUACGAUCAAUAAUUCGAUUUGGUGUCAAAUCUUCCACGUGCUUAAGGAAUACAUUAUGGUUUCCAAUUACAUGUGGAUGUUUUGCGAAGCUCUGCACCUACAUCUGGCGCUUGCUGUCGUAUUCGUAAGGGAAGAGCGCACCAUGAAAUGGUUCUACGUCAUCGGCUGGGGCGUGUCCUUUGUCAUAGUCCUCGUCCACAGUCUCGUCAGGAUACACGUCACCGAAGACACAGGGUUCUGCUGGAUGACGGAGAAACCGUUUGCCACAUGGUUCGUCAGCAUUCCGAUCCUGAUCACGUUGCUGUUAUCCAUGGUUUUCCUGAUAAACAUCCUGCGAGUCAUCCUGACGAUCAUGCAUCCCAACUCGCCGAAUCCGGCACCCGUAGGGAUACGUAGGGCGGUAAGGGCCGCCCUCAUACUGACGCCCCUGUUUGGUCUACAGUUCAUCCUGAUACCGGUCAGGCCUUCUGCUAGCCACCCUCUCUAUUACGUCUACAUGUACGCCACUGUGGUUAUAAUUCCAUUCCAGGGACUGUGUUGCGCCGUCCUCUUCUGCUUCGCGAACCAAGACGUCCACCAAGCGAUCAAGAGGAGUUACCAGAGGAACAUCAUGAGACAGAGCACUAGGUGGAGCAACUACCAGUACACGGGGGGCGUGGACAGCGGCGCCGGCGUAUUCAUGGUCAACGGAAACGGUAAUACCACCAAUACGACGUCGAUACCGUUGCUUUCCAUCCGGAGGUAGUCCGAAGCGCGGAAAGGCCAGCACAGGAAGGCCACGUACGUGUGAGCAGUAUUAGUACCUGACUACGUGUAGGAUCCGAGCACCAAACAUCUUCAAAAUUGACACAGGUGCGAAAAUCGGAGCCAGAUUAUGUUCUAGAGUGCUUCCGUGGUUGAACUCGGCCGUACAGGGUGAUUUUAACAAUGAAACCGGAAACCAUCCGGCAACGUUGCGAUUUUCUAACCUUCAUAAAGUAAAUUAAAAUGCAACUGAAAUACAGUACAAAAAGAUUCUUAAAGUCAUACUUAGGAAUUAUUUUGAAGAUAAAAGUGCGGAAUUGUACAAACAGAAAACUGUCCUAUUUGUCGGAAAAUUUAAAUAUUCCAUAGUAUAUGCAAACAGAUAACCGCAGUUCAUUUUGAUUAAACGGUGAUUCCAGUACACAGAUAAAGGAAUGGUUAGACUGUGCACUUUAAAUACCUACAAUACAGUCCCGAUGAUCUGUGGACCGUAGUGAUUUCCAUUUUUUUCUUGGAAAAUGAGAGUUUAGGAUCGAUAAAUGAGACAUUUAUGAAAUGUUUUACAUGAAUUAAUGUAUUUAUUUUUUUUUAAAGCAACAAAUAAUUUAUUCAAUUUUUAUUACACAAACUUGUUUUGAACAUAGUAUUGCGUACAUACAUACAUAUGUCCCGUACCCAUUUCCGGC